AAGUUUUAAGGACCGAAAAAAAAGAAAACCCUAAAUCACGGAAGAGUCUGCUCAGUCCUACUAGUUUGGCAAGUUCUCUGUACUCAGAGCAGCGGCUAGAAAAAGCAAGGAGCAGAAGACGGAAACUCAAAUUUGGGCACAUUUUGAAAACUUCUCUUGUCCUGCAGACUUCGCUAAACGAGAGAGGAUUCAUGGAGUCUGCCAUCCAGACCGUGGUGAAGGUCUUCCUAAAGUCGACCAAAGGGAAGGAGAGUCUAGGGAAGAAGGAGUUCCAGAGCCUCGUCUCAUCACAGCUCAGCAACAUCCUCACGGACACAGAGAGCAAGGAAGCGAUCAACAACAUGGGGCAGGGGCUGGACGCCGACCACGAUGGCAAGGUCGGCUUUGAGGAGUACAUGAAGCUGGUCGGCUACCUGGCCUGCUCGCUCAGCGAGCAGCGUAACGUCCCCAAAGAGGAGCCCGCGCAGAACGCUGCAUCGGGACAGGUGGCGCAAAGCACCCCCGACAAGGCGGAGGAGAAGAAGCCCGAGGCAAACGCAGAGGCCAAGGAGGAGGCAAAGCCCACGGCAAAUGAAGAAGCUAAGGCCGACGGAACCGCCGAGGUCAAAGCAAAAGCAGAGCCGGAGGUGGAAGUAAAGGUCGAGGCCAAGGCAGAGGGAGAGACCAAACCGGAGGUGGCGAAGGAGGAAACGGCCGUAGCGGCGGCGGCGGCGGUGAAAGCGGCCGUGGAAGCGGCGGUGGCGGUGGAAGCAGAGACAGGAGAUGCUCCUGCAGCAGAAGCAGCUCGGAAAGAAGCAGAAGAGACGGAGGAAACGGUAAAGGUGGAGGAAGCGGCGGAGAAGCUUCCGGUUGCUGCAGAGGAAGAAGCGGAGAAGAAGACAGAGGAGGCGGCGUCAUAGGGGACAAUCCAUGUUUGCAAAACGAAAAAAAAAAUCACACUACAAUUAAACACUAUCGAGAACAUACCAUUAACACCAAAAUAAGUUUGAAAGCCACUAAUUAAAAAAAACUUAAACUUAUAAAAAAGGCCAAAUUAUGUGAAAAGUUGAAAUACUACAAACUAGGGCUGGGCGAUAUGGACCAAAAGUCAUAUCUCCAUAUUUUCUAGCUGAAUGGCGAUACUCGAUAUAUAUCGAUAUUUUUUCUGUGACAUAAUUGGGGUUUCCCCCAAAGCAUUAUAGCAUAGCAUCUCUGUUAGCUUCAUUUUUUUCUGAGGCAAACCCUUAAAAAAACAGUCAGUUUUAAUACAAAGCCUCGUGCCAAAUGUCACACAGGUUCCUUUAUUAACAGAGGUCUGCACAAUAUCAAAAUGUAUAAAACAAAUGAAAUAAAAAUAAACUGCCUGCAUAUAUAGAAUAAAAAUGCUUCUUGAACAAAAUAAAACAAAUAUCCCUUUCCUGCAUAACAAUUAAAUUAAAAUACACUGUGCAAUUAAUACAAUGUAGACAGUAACAGGCAGACUUUUCCACUGAGGUUGACAGUUGUGCAAAUAACAAAACAUUUUUGCAAAUCUUAAAUAAAACAUUCAAGUCAAUUUGUCACAAAAUAAGCUAUAUCAAAAUUAUAAUUUUUUUUUUUUAAUCAAUAUAAACGAUAUUGUCUCGUACCAUAUCGCGUUUGAAAAUAUAUCAAUAUAUAUUAAAAUCUCAAUAUAUCGCCCAGCCCUACUACAAACCCAGCUCUGCAAAAACACUAUUUCUUAUGUGAUUAUGUAUGUGACAGUAGAACAAUUGCUUUUUUUUUACUGCCAGUUACCACUAUGUUCAUAUGUACAGCAUGUGCAUCCCACUAUUUAGCACUUUUACCUCAUUAUGAUGAUACACUAUGAUAGCAUGCAGCUGUACCCUGUGCAUGCAAUAUCCCUGUGAAAACUUUCCUGCAAGCUACAAUCUCCCUCUACACUUGACUGACGUGUCUUAACGCGCCGCUGCAGAAAGGACGUUUCCCAUGCUCUCCACAGUUCUGUCACAGUUUUUUUGUCUCUUGUCUCGUUUUUCUACCACAGUCAUGUCUUGCACUCAGCUGCAAAGUUGUACGGGUCCUCAAUGAAAGUAGUAAACAUCUCAUUAGGCACUUGUGGUUUAAAGGAAUUUAUUUUUUAUUUCACUUUGGGGAGCUUAAUUAUCAAGACAUAGUUGGAAAACAAAAGAAAAAAUCCUUUUUUAACACAAAAAAACGUGUUUUGUUUUAACUGGAGAGUUUUAAAUGAGCUGGUAAAGGAACACAGUGUAGUUGUAUGGCUUAUUUUUUUACCAUACAAACAAGAGAAUAGUAGUGUCUUCAUUGAAAUGUCUAAUUAUUUCUUUAUUGGGUGCCUCAGAAUCUGACACACAGUCUUUUUUUUUCCUCCACAUUCCUUAAUUCCCUGCUAUGGUUAAUCUAGCAACACAAUAAAACUGCUUACUGACUCUUUGCAUUACUUUGGCUCACCGUGGUUGUGUUGUCACGCCUUUUCUUCUAUUGCUACUCCACUCUGUUGGGCCUUUCUUUUGUUUUUUCUUCAGAAAAGUUCAACUGGAGUCUUAGGUGCAGUCAUACUCAGUCAUGAACUAGGAGGUGGUAGAUCAGGUGUGAACCUUGACUAAAUAAUUAAACUUCAGGGAUGGAACCUACACCCAGAGGAUCAUUCUGGUCAAAAAGGGAACCCAAAAUUGUCCAGUGGGCACUGGAGGAGUAGAGAGCAACCUUAGCCUUAGCCGCUGAUUAGAAGUGAAAGAGAAAAGCAGGAUAAUAAACCGCCAGGAAAGCUAUUAUCUAUGUUUUUUUUUUUUUUUUCCACAUUUGUUAUUGUGCAUGUCAAACUUUUGCAGGUUUACCGUUGGGUGCUGUGCUAUAGAUUUACUGGAGAGGCCCUGGGUAGAACUGGAUAGAGGGAGGUGGCUAAAAAAGCAGCAGAAACCUGAGCUCGGUUUUGGAGGGCUCUCUUUCAAAUUGAUCAUUCUUGUUUGCUGGGUUCAGCCACAGCUGUUCAGGGCUUUUGUUGGUCGGUCACACCCAUGUACAGUUUGAAGACCUUGUUUGACCUGCAACUGGAUCCUGCAGGCAUUAACUAUUGGGAAAUUACUGGAUUAGGCAUUUCAUGAGUAACACACCCAGGGAUGGAAACAAUCAGAUGAAAGUAACCCCGGGCUCCAGUGAUCUCGCUCAUCAAACGAGAUAAGGAAUAAUACUGACCCUCACAUGUUGCGUAAUACGUAUAACUGUUAUCACUGAGGCCAUCAUUUAAGUUCUACUUGGCUUCUCUAUAUUUAACUUUAAAAAACGUAUAUCUAACCCUGGUUUGGACCACUAUGAGGAUGACUUGAAAAUGUUACUCUUUUACCACAUUCAUGGGUAAUCAUAGGGAAUAUGAGAAGGGGGUUUGUCUUGUACGGAAGAGUAUAAGGGCCAUGCAGGAGAAAAAAUAUUUGAGAGGGGAAGAUUUUUUUUUUUUAUUGUGCACUUCGAGAAAAAAGUCGAAAUGUCGAGAUUAAUGUUUAAAUACAAUUUCGAGAAAAAAGUCGAAAUUAUGAGAAAAAAGUCGAAAUGUCGAGAUUAAUGUUUAAAUACAAUUUUGAGAAAAAAGUCGAAAUGUUGAAGAGAAAAAAGUCGAAAUGUCGAGAAUAAUGUUGAAGUACAAUUUCGAGAAAAAAGUCGAAAUGUUGAGAGAAAAUUCAAACUUUCGUGAAUAAAGUUGAAAUGUUGAGAAAAAAGGCGAAAUUUUGACUUUAUUCUUGAAAUUGUAUUUCAACAUUAUUCUCGACAUUUCGACUUUUUUCUCAAAAUUGUACUUCAACAUUAAUCUGGACAUUUCGACUUUUUUCUCGACAUUUCGACUUUUUUCUCGACAUUUUGACUUCUUUCACAAUAAAAAAAAAUCUUCCCCUCAAAUAUUUUUUCUCCUGCCUGGCCCCAAUACUCUUCCGUAGUCUUGCCACAUGUUAUAAACUCACAGUUUCCUCUGGGGAGUGCAGAACAUUUGGGCACGCUACUAAAACGUUGCACCUUAUCAGAGCUGAAUGGGCACAACAAAUAAACCAGGUCAUGUGACAAUCCUGCCUCGCUGUGACACUCCCAUUGUAAAUAUUCUCCUUCACACUGUUCAAACUUUACACUCACAGUAUGCAGUGCUUCCUGCUACUAACACUUACCGGGUGCUCUGGUUUUCUUCCAGUUGUAAUAUUGUUAUUGUCAUUUUUAUAAUACUUUUUGGUACUUAUGUGAAUAAUAGAAACAUCUGACUUUUGCACAAUCUCCAGUCAGCUUCCUGUUUAACGGUAUAUAUCAUGAUAUAUCCCUUGUGGGCGUGUGAUAGCAGAGGUAAGGUACAGUCCAGUUGAAUCUGUCAAGCAAAAUUCCAAAUAUGAAGUUGCACUACCAGUAGAUUCCUUUAUUAAAUGUGAGCAGACUUGGGCUUAUCAAAGAUCAUCAUUCAUUUGAGGCCAGUUGGAAAAGCACAGAGACUUGUGAGAGCUACAUUUCCUUUCAGAGUUUCCCUGGGAGAUGUUCUGUUCCAUAGUGUGAUCUCCACCCAGUUUUAACUCAUCCAGAUUAAAAACAUGCAAGCAUAUUUGCAGCAGUGUUUCCAUUCCAACCCGAUAAAUCAACAAUUAAGUAGAUGCAUUUUCUUUCCCUAAAUGAGUAAAACGCCCAUUUGGAUAUAGCAAGUGCACAGACAACUAUGUGGACGUGCUGGUAAAGGCUCAUUGUGGAGUCGAAAUGCUUGUAAUUAUGGGACCAAUCCCAGGAAACUGCAAGUUCUCAUCUGCUUGUUUCCUGCCAAGUACUACAGAGUGUGUGUGUAGCAGUUUGGACUAAAGGUGGGUCCACUAUCAUGUCUAAUAACCUUCACUGUGCUAAUAUUUCAUAUGUAUUGCUGAAACUUUUUUGCUUAAUCUCUGUAAUUGCCAGUACGAAAUAAAAUUGUGACAAUAA